AUGAGCGAAGCUCCUCCCCCUCCGCCGCCGCCACAUGGCUCGAACCCCAGGACAUCGAACUCGAACUCGAACUCGAACCUGCCGCCCGGCAAAUACGACAUAUUCAUCAUACCACCCCAUUCCCAGGGCUCAGGCUUCCUCUACCUGCCUUCACUAAAGCCAAAUGUCAACAGUUUCGCUGCCGGGUUCGCCUCUGCACUAAUAAUAGUAGCCCUGGCCCAGAGCAUGGCACCAGCUUUCCGGACGUGGUGGAGCAGCUUUCAGGGAAUGGGGAACUUCGGCAUGAUUCUCUUGGUGGCUGCAGUUGGUGUUGGAGCCUGGGCGUUGGGUAGGAUACAACAGGAGGGCGGUCCAGGACCAGGCGGAGGACCCCAAGGCAGUUAUGGCGGGUACGGACCCAGUGCCGGGGGAUACACUGACGGCUUCGGUUCUAACGCUGGACCGCAUCCAAACACCGGACCUCCUCCAGAUCACGGGCCUCCUCCACCUCCGCCACCUCAUAAUUCUCCCCCGCCUCCCCGGUCAGGACCUCCGCCCACUACUCCUGGUGCAGAUAAACCCAAGUCCUCCUGGCAAGAGCGCCCUGAAGCCGAAACACCUAAAGGCUCCUGGGAGAAAGCGAGAGAGGAAACCCGGCGGAAGGAUGAAGAAAGAAAAGUCAGGGAGGCCGAGCAGCGCAAGAAGGAAGAAAUCCUUAAGCGUUUGAACGAGCUGCGUCAGAAAGAAGCUCGCGAGCGCGCCAGACGUGAGCAAGAAGCAAAAGACAAACGGGAUCACGAGGCACGUGAGAAGGAAAAACGUGAAAAGGAAGCAGCAGAGAUUCGGGAACGGGCGGCACGCGAAAAGAAGCAGCGAGAGGAAGAACAGCAGAAGAAAGACGCUCAGGAACGAGCGGCACGCGAAAAGAAGCAACGAGAGGAAGAACAGCAGAAGAAAGACGCUCAGGACAAGGCGCAACGGGAGAAAGAACUGAGGGAAACCAGAGCGCGAGAAGCUAGGGAAAGAGAACUUCGUGAUAGACUCGAAAGAGAGAAGAGCCUCAGAGAGAAGUACGAGAGAGAGGCCAAGGAAAGGGAGGCUGCGCGCGUCAAGGAAGCUGAAGCAGCUAAGGCAAGGGAGGCAGAGACAACCAGGAAGAGCACUUACGCCUUUAGCUCAGUUGGGGAAAAGACCAACCCAUGGCCCAAUGGCAAACCGCCGGCUCGACCUCCCUCUCCUGCCAAACCCAACCCAACACCCACUUCCGCCAAACGACCUCCGGCACCCAGCGCAAAUACCUUCCAUGGCACAGAAGACGAUACGUACUCGUACCGGCCAUACGACCAGCCAAAAGGGCACAGUCGAAGAAGGUCAGGGGAGACGGUGUUCACGGAAUCGUCGUAUGCCCCCUCCCAGUCGACUUCGCGGACAACGCCACCGCCCUCGAUGCGAGGACCCUACACAACCAAGGACCCGGACAAGAUUGUCAUCAAGGCUGUCUAUGCCUUUGUCAACCAGUUCUCCAAGACUCCUGCUUCGCAGCUGAUCUCGGGUGUCAAUCCUGUGACGGAUGGGCUUAUUCUUCGUAUAACAACUGCGGGGCUGUUCAUCGACGACGACGUGCGUGGCAUUGCACAGCGAGAAUGGGAUGUCAAGGCGUGGACGCUCAAACUCAUGGAGGUAUGGUGUUCCUCGCGUUGCUUUAACGAUUCCAACGCAUCCUCCAAGGUGAACAAGACGGGAGCUCCACGCUUCAAGUUAUCCGGACGCGGUCAAUCGAAAACGCUGACGGGCGACGAUGCCGAUACGUUCCUCACCGACAUGUUGCACUCGUGCAAGGAUGAAUGUCGUCUUGGCCCUCAUGGUGAUUGGGAUGAUGCGUCAUCGUAUGCCAACGGCACGCCGCAGACCGCACAGUGGAAGCAGCGUGGCCUGCACGUGCUGCGCGCCACGAUUAAAGAUCAAGAGGGCAAGAGAUACAUGUUUGUGCUCGAUGAAGAAGAGGGCUGGAAGCUGGCUGUGGGCUUGCAACGUCUGCGAAAAGGAAGUCAGGCCCGUCAGCUAGGUAUUCAGCCCAUGUCGACGGCAGAGGCAAAGAAUACACUCGAAAUGCUAGGGUGGUAG